AUGAAGGUGCUCGACAAGGAGACCAUCUUCACCCACCACAUGCUCCACCAGAUCAAAAGGGAAAUAUCAAUCAUGAAGAUCGUAAGACAUCCCAACAUAGUUGGGCUUAAUGAGGUGUUGGCCGGGAAGACAAAGAUAUACAUAAUCUUGGAACUUGUCACUGGAGGUGAACUGUUUGAUAAAAUAGUCCGCCAUGGGAAGCUACGUGAGAAUGAAGCCAGGAAGUAUUUCCAGCAGCUUAUUGAUGCCAUUGAUUAUUGCCACAGCAAAGGAGUUUAUCAUAGGGAUUUGAAGCCUGAAAAUCUGCUUCUUGACUCACGUGGAAACUUAAAAGUUUCUGAUUUUGGACUUAGCACACUGUCUCAGAAUGUGCUAGGUAGCAAUGGAUAUGACGGAUCUGCAGCAGACAUUUGGUCAUGUGGUGUCAUUCUUUAUGUUUUAAUGGCUGGUUACCUUCCCUUUGAGGAGAAUGACCUUCCAAGUUUGUAUGAAAAGAUAACUGCAACUCAGUACUCAUGCCCAUAUUGGUUCUCUCCAGGAGCCAAGUCAUUGAUCCAGAGAAUACUUGACCCAAAUCCAAGAACUCGUAUCACUAUUGAAGAAAUAAGAGCAGACCCAUGGUUUGAGAAGAACUAUGUAGCUAUUAGAUGUGGUGAAGAUGAAAAUGUCAGCCUGGAUGAUGUUCAAGCUGUUUUUGACAAUAUUGAGGACAAGUAUGUAUCUGAGGAAGUAACUCACAAGGAUGGUUGUCCUCUUAUGAUGAAUGCCUUUGAGAUGAUUACACUAUCUCAAGGUUUGGAUCUCUCAGCCUUGUUUGAUAGGCAACAGGAGUUUGUCAAGCGGCAAACACGUUUUGUCUCAAGAAAACCAGGUAAGACUAUAGUAGCUACAAUUGAAGUUGUUGCUGAGUCAAUGGGUCUCAAGGUCCAUUCCCAGAAUUACAAGCUGCGGCUUGAAGGUGCAGCAUUAAACAGAAUGAGCCAAUUUGCUGUUGUUCUAGAGGUUUUUGAAGUUGCUCCUUCGCUGUUCAUGGUUGAUGUUCGAAAGGUUGCCGGUGACACUCUGGAAUACCACAUGUUUUACAAGAACCUAUGCAGCAAACUUGACAGCAUAAUCUGGAGGCCAACUGAAGUUUCUGCGAAAUCUACGCUGCUGAGGACGACCACUUGCUAG